AUGCCACCGUAUGCUACAUGCAUAAAUAUUAAUCAGUUUAAUCCAUUAAAUGAUCAACAAUCAUCUUUUGUGAAUUAUUUUCAACAAUGUUCACAACCAUAUUCAAUUCAAUCAAAUCAACCGUACAAUUUAUUUCCAUUAUAUCCAUUACCGUACCCUCAACCAUGUUUAAAUCAACAACAACAAAUUGGAAAUUUUCCAUACAAUCAACAAAUAUCACAAAGAGUGGGAGGUUCAGUAAUGGUCUACCGUUUGGUAUUUCGACCACCAUUCACUUGGACUUAUAAUUGCUUUUGUGAUUGUGAAGAGAAUACUGCCUAUGUACCACGUAUCCCUGGACAACAUGCAAAUUUCACUGAAGCUGAUGUAUACGUCAAACGUCAACUACGUGAAGCAGUAAUGGAAGCAUUUCAUUCGAUCGGUGUUAUACCUGAGGGACUUAUUAUAACCACCAGCUUUUGGCCUUAUCCAGCAUUUAUUGUCAAUGAUAUUAAUAUUGCAAAAGCAACUUAUAUUAAAGGAAAAUAUUUUUAUACACUUGCAGAGAAUACAUUAGCAUUACGAUGUGAAGCAAAAGAGAUUGCAACAUGUGUUAAUAAAGUAUUUUUCUUUUAA